CCAGCCUCAUCUGAAACCACAGCCAUGGGGUCGAAGAACAACAAGAAGUAGAAGAAUGAGGAUAACAACAUCAUCAACGAUUUCCGAUUCGCCUCCGUCCACUGCUGGUUUGGACUUCCAAACUAGAGCUCUGCAGCAAAGUAAAAUUGAUAUUUCUUGGGAUGAGGAUGAAGCGGGGGGAAGGACCUUGAAACGAAAAUCCACUGCUGAUCAGGUCAGUAGAAACUAUCUGCAGUUGUCUUGCUUACAGUUUCUUUACGUUCUUGCGGAUUUCACAACAGUUUCACUUAUCUGAGUGGACACUAUGUUAAAGUAAUCUGAAAAGUUUACGGCUCGCAAAUAUGAUUGAAGGAGCAACUAAAUAACUAUAUAUCAGCUAAUAUAUAAUUAUUGUUAGACAUUAUGGUUACAUCUUUACUACUUGAUGAAUUGGAAAUGAAGGAGUUUUGGGUUUCUGAUGAGAGUGAAAGUGAUGAGGCCGAGGAUGAGGCUGAAGAUGAUGCACAUAGAGGAUAAGCCUGAUAAAAAGAGUAAGAAAAGAGAUAUGCACCCUGCUUUAAUCCAGUCUAGAGAUGGGGAUGGCUCAGAUGAGGAUAGUAACGAGGAUGACCAGGAUAUGGAGGCCGGUCACCUUCAAUACUGGUUUAGAGGAUUUAAGCAAGCGCAUUCUCGAAAAGAAGGAUAGGGAAUCAGAAACAGUUUGAGAUGCCUAUCUCAGAAAAAGACGUGAGAAACAGAAGGCUAAGAGAAAUUGGUCUAAUGAUUCAUCAGAAGAUGAGAGUAGUGAUUCUGAUCAAGAAGCAAAAGAAGAGCCAGAUGAUUUCUUCAUUGAAGAACCUUCAGUUAAAAAGAGUAAAAAAGAGUCUCGGGGUAAAAGUAACAAAGAAGAAAAGCAGCGCAAAGAUAUGGAAAAGAAAGCAGAAGCAAGUAGAAAUGAGCUCGAGUUAUUGCUUGCUGAUGACAAGGGAGCAGAUAAAGUUGUAAAGGGAUACAAUUUGAAACGUAAAAAGGCGAAGGGAGAGAAGGGUAAGGAAGUUCCGGAGGAGAACAAAUUACCAACUGCUGAUUUGGAAGAUCCACGCUUUGCUAUCAUGUUCACCUCACCCCUCCUUGCUCUGGAUCCAACAGAUCCACAAUUCAAUAGGAGUGCAACAUAUGCCCGGCAGGCAGCACUAAGACAGCAGAAGGGUGACCCAGAAGAAGUGCCAGAAAGGGAAGUAAAAGUACAAUCCAAGGGUUUCAUAGAUAAAUCUUCAUUAAUCAAAUCAAUUAAGAUGAAAGCCAAGCCCUCGAAAACAAAGAGGAAAUUUUGCAAUUCCCAGGUAAAAAGGACACAAAAGUUGAGCAGGAUCCCCAAACCUUAGUACAACCAGUUAAGAAGAAGGCCAAAUUGGACGAAAAUGAAACUGAUAUUGAAACCAAGGGCAUAUCUCUUCAUUGGCCGAAGCAUCAUGCGAAGAAAUAGAAUUCCGAGUGGGCGGAUUUAGUAAUCAAGCACAUCUGCUCAGGUCAAUUCAU